CUCAGGAGACCCUUUCACACGUGAUCCCUGAUGACUGACGGUGCUGAAACUCUUUGAACUCACGAUGUACAACACCCUAGAGGGACGUCUCCCAUCGUGCAUUGCUGCAGUUAAUGCGGUUCCUCGAGUCGCGGCUGAAAUUAGACAAUCGGCGCUCGCACCCGCUCCUGCGUGGGUAGAAAGCGACUCGACAUUUCUUUUAACACAGACUGUUCCACAUAUGUUAGGUCAGAGAGUUUGAUUUUGCACAUUACUUAAAUGGCAAAGCUGCCUGUGGACGUAUGGUGACAUGUUUUGCGGUAGGAAAUAAUUGUUGGUUUCCGCGAAAGGAUGAAGCGGGCCAGUAGAAUAUUGUGAAUGUGUACUUUUAGCUGCACAACUUUAGUCGUGGAAGUUUGUUUUCUGACAAAGGAAAUAUUUUGUAACGUUAACUCGUCUGUUUCAAAUGAAGAUGAAAACUAUUUAAAGCCGACAAAACUAGCGUCACUAGCCGACAAAACUAGCGUUAUUUCUAAUGGACUUGAAGCAACAACAUUCCUUCAAAGUCAUUUAUCCAGCUAAUGCAAAAAUAUGGUCUAAUAAUGAGGUUGUAGCAACGACAAAAGAACAAAACAGCUAAACUUUGGAAAUAUGAUCUGAUGAGUCCAAAUUUCUUUGCACCUUCAAAGAUAUAAUCAGACAUUUUUACAUAGUAACUUAAGAAACGGUUGUUGCUUCAAAAUGUUUCCUUUGUCAGAGAACAAACUUCUAUAUAAAGUCGUGCAUCUAAAAGACACACAUUGAUUUCGCUUCAUCCUCUAACGGUCGCGGAAACAAAUAAUUCUAUAAUUCUUUCCUACCGCAAAACAGGUCCUCAGGCAGCUUUGCAAUUUAAGUAAUGUGCAGAAACAGACUUCGGCUGAUCUAAACUAUAUGUAACAGUCUGUGUUAAAAGAAAUGUGGAGUCGCUUUUUACCCACGCAGGCGCUGUUUGUCUGAUUUCAGCUGCGACUCGAUUGGUUGUCUGCGGUUCAGUUCUGCCACGCGAUUGGUUGUUUACAAGUAUAUGGUCACCGGUAAAUUUUGGACGAACCGUUCUUCGUUCUUUAUCACUGUAGACAUUUAACUACCGUAUAAACGGUUAAAACAGUCCCUAAAGUAAACAGUGGAGCCCAGUAGAACUCAAUAAAGCUGUUCUUCUGGGUGUCGUACUUCCGGGAACUGCUACAAAGCACGAUGGGAGAUGUGGUAUUCUAUCGUAAAAGAUAUAAAUAACGUCUGUGUCCUUAUGUAUAACGCAUUUCCUUUGGGGUGGAUUUCUGUGCUUUCACGUCCUUCUGAGACGUUGUACUUUGUGAGUUUAAUGAUUUUCAGCACCGUCAGUCAUCAGGGAUCACGUGUGAAAGGGGCUCCCGAGCGCGGGUUCAGCAACUCAUACUUACCUGGCAGGGGAGAUACCAUGAUCAUGUAGGUGGUUCACCCAGGGCGAGGCUCAGCCAUUGCACUGAGGCUGUCUGACCUCUGCGAAUUCCCCAAAUGUGGGAAUCUCGACUGCAUAAUUUCUGGUAGUGGGGGACUGCGUUCGCGCUCUCCCCUGAUUAAGUGUUCAAAAGGUAUUGUCGUUGAGUAUCGCAUGAAUCCUAUGAAUGAAGCUAUGGCUCACGUAAAAAAUCUACUCUCAAUUCUGUUCUUUAACUAUUCUGCUGUAAUAAAUACAAGCUUCAUUCAUUCAGUUGAUCUUUACCGUACCCGUUUUAUUUAUUACAUUUCGAUGCAUUUCUCUUUUCUCCACUAGAUGUGGAAGCUGCAGUUUUAUUUGUCAACUUGUUAAUCGAGCAAACAGUUUUUCUUCAGUGAGAAAGAUGAUAGAUUUGUUUGUAUUAGCUCAUCUGAGGCUAGACUAGUUAACACAGAAGUAAUAAUGACAAACGUCAUCAGCACCAAUUUAUUAUGAAUCCUAUUGGACAAUAGCCUGUCACAUGACCCAGUGGCGCCCUACUAACCAUGACUUUAAACGUUUAAGGAGCAACCCUUUCCUCCGUUUUCUGUAAGCGUUGCACGUCUUAGCAUUUGGUCCCACUGGACCACACUGUUAAACUCUAAUCUACUGGUCAACUGAACGUAGACGUUUGCACCGUCACUGAGACUAACUGUUGGGAGAACGUGUACUUCAGCUUCUACGUCAUGGCGGUAUCGCUUCUCGGCCUUUUGGCUAAGAUCAAGUGUAGUAUCUGUUCUUAUCAGUUUAAUAUCUGAUACGUCCCCUAUCCGGGGGGGGACUUUACAGUGUUUUGUCAUGGCAACCGGACAAGCUUUUCCUCGUGUUGGUCUGCGUCAUACUUUACGUUUUCAGUGGAAAGAAGUAAGUGGAGAAGUGAUGCCAAGGGACGUUUUUUGUAAGAAGAUCAUCAAGGAGCUGCUGUCUCUUAAAGUCGUCGACGUUUAUUGUCUUCAGUGGCAUCCACAGGCAAGAGCAUAUGAUCUAACUUUGGCUUCAGCUGCUGUUCAUCAAACUGUCGCUGAUAGCUGCAGGCGAUUAGCUAAUACAGGGCAGCUGGGUUUUUUUGAUGUGAUCAGUUUGGAUAGACCAAAUUUCAGGGUUAUUACCAUUCAUAUGUUUAACCCUUUUGUUACUGACAUGGCAAUAAAGGAUUUUUUGGGUCGUUUUGCUGACGUUUUGUCGUCAGCAAGAUAUGUAAAAGACUCUUGUGGAUUUUGGACUGGGCGCAGACAGUUUCAAGUCCUGCUACAUGAGGAUAGAGAAGGACACGAUGGAUUCAGGCAUCCACCUGCUUAUUUCCAACUGGGGGCAGAUAGGGGUUAUCUCUAUUAUGCUCGCCAGCCAAUUUUUUGCAGGAAAUGCCGGCGUCAUGGCCAUGUGGAGGCCGAGUGUACCAGGGUGACGUGUCGUUACUGUGAGAGGGAUGGCCAUGUCAUGGAGGCAUGCCCUUUUGGGAAAAUCUGCAAUGCAUGUGGGGAACCUGGCCAUCUUUAUAGGAACUGUCCAAAGAAGCAACGUUCUUUUGCUGAUGUAGUAGGGGGAGAUCUUUCCAGAACAACUGGAGACUGCAAUGUGCAGCAGGACCGUGAGGAGGUGGGUGAGAGUGAAAUAAAUCUGUUGGCGAUUUCAGCAGGAGAGAGGUCAGUGGACGAUGCAGCUUCUGGUGCGACUACCCGAAAAGGACGCAGAGGACCGGAUACUACUGCACAGGAGCAGUGUGGCAUGGAGAGUGAGCAGCAAGUAGUCAAGAAGGCCAAAGGUUCAGGAGUGCCGGAGGUAGCUGGACCACAGGUUGACGACACUUCGGAGGUGCCCAACACAAAAGAAGGAAGUGGUAUGGUUGUCGAAACUGCAACUGAGACAAACUUUUCUGCUGUGGAUUCCUUUGGUUUGGAUUUUGUUUUCUCCCCAGCCAUGUUGACACUCUCUUCUCCGCAUGGAGUGGGGAAAGAAGAGACAGAGGAGAGACGUGGAUCUGCAGGGAGUACAACAUGUUCUUGGGCAGAGCAGAUGGACGACAUGGAUGUGUAUGGGGCGCAAGGGUCCUCGGAGCUUGGGACUUGAUGAUGUGCUGUGCAGGUUUUUUGUGUUCGUUGUGGAUGUCAACAGGACAUGUUUUUGCGUGUUUGAACUUUUAAUGUCAGGGGGCUCCGUGAUCCUCUGAAAAGGAUUAUGGUUUUCAAUUUCAUUAAAGACUUAGGGUUGUCUGUUGUUUUGAUGCAGGAAGUACAUUUGCGGGAUGGUGAGGAU